UGGUACGGUUCGGGUGUACUUUUUACCUGAGGAUAGCGUUUCGCUCGUGUUUGUUGAUCGUGUUUUCAGUCGUGUUCGGAGUUAAGGUGACAUUCGAUAAGUUAAAUCAACGGUAUCAGAGUUAUGAGAACAACCUGCCAUAUCAGUAUUGCAGUUGAUUGCCCGUUUUAAGAUAAAAAAUAAUUCAAUAAAUGUUUAUGUUUCCGAUCGCUGAUCGCAGCGAGUGAGUGAGAAGGCAAAGGAAAGAGAUCGGUGUAUUUAACGGAGUUCGUUUCGUGCUCAAGUGUCAAAAUAGCAACUUCAAACAUGUGCGAUGAAUUAGUGUAAACGUGUGAAAGCCGGUGUAAAUAUUUUGAUUAUUGAUGGUUGAUAACAGUGCGAAUCAAGUGUGAUUAACCGGCGGUUCCUCGCCUGCCAAGUGCAGUGCUCGAGCGCGUGUGUGUGUCUAUGCGAUUGCAGGGAAAAAGAACCGCAAUCAGCUGGGAAUUAUAUCGUUUGCCUCGAGAACCCCUCGAAGUGAGGAUUUCAGCGAGUAACGAUUAUAUUUAAAAAUAAAACCCGGAACGCCAAGAGAGAAGAAAAGAGUUGAACGAGUAACUACGAACGUCAAAAUGACGAAUUUAUGUGUUUACAUUGGAUUAUUCCUGGUGUUAGCGGCCGGCGGCAGUGCACAUCUGAAUCUGUAUCUGAAUCAGCUCGAAGUCAUGCGAUUACUCGGACUUUCUGCGGAACUUUACUACGUUCGUGAAGGCCAAGUCAACGAGUAUGCGCUACACUUCACAGUCCCGGUGCCAGCGAAUGUCCAGGACAUUUCCUUCACCUGGCAAAGUUUGGCGGGGAAACCGCUUCCCUACAAAAUCAACAUCGUCACCUCAGAUCCGAUGGUCCUUCCAAAACCAUCGAUGAACAUCUCCCGGAUGGGUGAAAUUCCCACACAAAUUGAAACAUUCGCCAUCGCUUUGAAAUGCGCCGGUCGCGAUCCGGCAGAAGUCGAGGUUACGAUCACCAUCGAGGUCACACUGAACCGGGUCACGGGAAACGCUACAGAACUGGUCUUCCGGAGGAAAAAAAUAUGCAUCAACAAUGAUCAUCCCGAAGCCAACCAACCGGAUCCUUAUCUGCUGGAAACAGUCACUCACACUCCGAAUGGUUUGAUCACCCUCAUAGUCGGUGGUAUUCUGGCGAUCGUCCUGGUAACGAUCCUUAUAUCGAUCGCAUACUGUGCCCGCGGUUCUAUGAAACGCAAACCACACCACGCGCAACCCAUCCGAACCUCAAGUUUCCAACGCCUACAAACCCAUCCCCCAUCCGCACCCUCCUCGAUAGUAUCUCCGCCGUCGAUUGCCCCAACCAUUGCCACUCUGUCCAGAAGCAAAAUCUACGCCAACGCUGAACCGGAGGAACUUCAACGACGCAUAUCCGAGUUGACAGUUCAACGCUGUCGCGUACGAUUGUCCUCCCUGCUCCAAGAAGGCACCUUCGGCCGUGUCUACCGUGGUUCCUACAACGACAGCCAGGAAGUGUUGGUCAAAACUGUCGGCCAGCAUGCUUCCCAAAUCCAGGUUUCGCUGCUACUUCAAGAAGGAAUGAGCCUUUACGGUGCGCAACACCCGGGAAUCCUAUCCGUGCUGGGCGUGUCGAUCGAAGAUCACACCGCACCGUUCCUUCUAUACUUGGCACCUGAAAAUAUGAGAAAUUUGAAGAUUUUCCUGCAGGAGCCAGUAGCCAGGACAUUGACCACGAUUCAGAUAGUUAAGAUCCAACUUCAGCUAGCACAAGCAUUGGGACACCUGCACAGUCACGGAGUAAUCCACAAGGAUAUUGCAGCUCGGAACUGUGUAAUUGAUGAUCAACUUCGAGUCAAGCUGGCGGAUAACUCUCUAUCGCGGGACCUGUUCCCCGGGGAUUACUACUGCCUAGGAGAUAGCGAAAACCGACCGAUCAAAUGGCUUGCCCUGGAAGCCAUCCAGUACAAGCAGUUCAGCGAGGCAUCCGAUACGUGGGCGUUCGGAGUGCUGAUGUGGGAGCUGUGCACUCUGGCCAGACAACCUUACGCUGAGGUUGAUCCUUUCGAGAUGGAACACUACCUCCGCGAGAACUACCGGUUGUCGCAGCCGAUCAACUGCCCAGAUGAAUUAUUCGCCAUCAUGGCCUACUGCUGGACGAUGCUACCGAUGGAGCGGCCAUCGUUCGAACAGUUGCAGGUCUGCCUGCAGGACUUCUACGCACAGAUAACACGGUAUGUCUAGGGUUUAGCGAACGCCGCCAACGGUGCGGUAGUUCCAUUCGUCAAGGGCCCUGACCCGAAACAACCCCCGAACCCAACACAGUCGCAGCAACAGCAGCAGCAACAAAGGUUCUACAUGUUUCCUACGCCACGGGCGCUUUCCCUUAGCUUUAGCUUUAGAGUGAAGAACCGGCACGGUAACGCUUCCACGUUCGGGGGUCGCAGCGGUAAAAAUAACGCCAAGAACCACAUCAAUCACAUCUACGAGGUUCCCCCGUCGGCUCCGGUUAUAUCCACACAGACGCUUCCCACACCCGGUAGUGGAAUCUCGUGACAUAAGCCCAAGGUGGCCACCAUUAGUCGCGGUGGCCCCCUUGCCACGAUUCGUGAAUCGCGUAAAAGUCGCGAGAAAUCGUCGAAACACAAUAGACAUAGCAUACAAUCAAACAAAGAGACAAAUAAUGGAAAAGCAUUUGUUAUUCACGGUGCUAGCGGCGAUGGUAACUGAUGCUUGUAAGAUGUCGAAUGAACUCGUCAGAGAGACAAUGAUAGAAUCUCAUUUUUAUAUGCAGCUAACAAGAAACACACAUAAUUCGUGCCAAAAAUAUUGCUAAAUAAAUAACUUAGGAUAGAUUUUGUGGAUAAAGAUUAAUCAAGCAAGCAACUCCAAUCACCGUUAGACGAAGUAGAAUUUGAAUUUUAUUAAAGGAAAUAGCAUAUUGUCUACCAUCAUACUCAUUGAAACGAUUCAAAACCACCAUUUCAUAUCCAUUCCCAUGAUGGUGAGAUAUCCUAGACCUAAAAAGAAACUAGGAUUCCACUAUGUAAAAAUUGUGUUGUAAAUAUUCAUUUCACCGAGCAAAAUGAUUUUUAACUCUCAUAAUUCAACUACUUAGAAGGAAGAAGAUCCUAAAUCAUGUAUAUUUAUUAUAUUUUCCUAUUAUUCCUUCACGAAAAACAUAAAAAAUGACCGAACUUAUCCAAUAGCUACUAAUCACUACAAACAAAAGCAGAAUAUUUCUAUCGAAAACUACUCAAAAACUAAAAAAAGAAACAGAUUUAUAAAUACUACAUUAGAAGAAUAGAGACAACAAGCGCCUCCAGUUGUGCAACAACUGGCAUUCGUAGUAAGCGAAACAUUAUGCAAAGCCCCAAACAGCACUGCCGAGAUUUGUAGACUGAUCUGUUUUGAGUGGUUUGGUUGUUGUUUUCGAUCAUUCACACAAACGCUUCCUCCAGGAAAAGCACCAACCUCGAAAACCUUGAAUCGUUUGUUAUUGUUUGUCAUCCUUGUUGUAAAUAGUGUGUACAGAGUUUGUUUCCUAGAGAUCGAUUGGUUGAUCGAUUCAGUUCCAGCCAAGUCAAAUUACACUUUGAUAAGCAACAAUUAUAGAAUUGUGAAAUUGUGGUCUUGAUGCUUUGUUAACAAAAGUCCGAUACGUUUUGGAAAAUGUUUGAAUGAAAUGAAGUUGAGAAACUAAAAAAUACGCAUUUUAGUGGAAUGACUACAAACAGAAGAUUCAUAACUAAAUUUGAAACGGAUGAAAAGGCAAAUUAAUAAAAAAGAUAAGAAACAUGUUGACAUAUUUGUAGGGACUUAUACAAGAAAGUGUAAUAACAGAACUAAUCAAUUACGUAAUAAAAAUGUAUAUUUUA